AUGCCCAUUGCAGCUGCAUCAAGGACCGGUCAGGUACGGUCUCUGAAUGAGCUGGAGUUCAUGGAGCCUAUCCACUCAGCCACUAUUGAGUUCACACGAGACAAUUCGAAUUUUCGACUGGAGCUUUACCUCAAGAGAAUCUCGCGUGCGGGCGAAGUUGAGAUUACCGAUGAUCAGACCCGGUUUAAGCUUUAG